AUUAUUAAGUUUUUUAGACCAUUUCUAUAACCCUAGGUAGCAUCAAAGAAUCUUGCAAGAAAUUAUGGGAGUCACAAAAAUUAAUCAAGAAUUCACUAGCCCCGUCUCGCCGGGCCGUCUCUUUAAAGCGCUAAUCUUAGAAUCGAGCAACCUCAUACCAAAACUCCUACCUCAAUUCAUUAAAAGUAUCGAUACUUUGGAAGGUUCCGGAGGUUCCGGAAGCAUUGAGCAAGUCAACUUCACCGAAUCUAGCCAUUUUAAGUACGUGAAGAAUCGUAUAAACGAGUUGGACAAAGAGAACUAUGUCUGCAAAUACACUAUGAUCGAGGGCGAUGCAUUGGGUGACAAACUUAAGUACAUUGAGUACGAGAUCAAGUUCGAAUUGAGUGACAACAGGGGCUCCAUUUGCAAGAUGACGAGCGAAUAUCACACGGUCGGUAGUUACGAAAUCGACGAGGAAGAAAUCAAGGGUGGCAAAGAGAGUGCUAUGGGCAUAUACAAAGUUGUCGAAGCCUAUCUCUUGGAGAAUCCUCACAUUUAUGCUUAAUUUUUUUCCUAGAUUAUUUUAUUUUUGAAACUAUUUCUUGAAUUGCAAAAUAAAAAAAAUGUAAUUCUCGUUGAGAGAAAUUCAGUUUUUUGAUUAUCUAUAUAUUUGGUGAUU